AUGGCAGCUCCAAUUUUGAUUUUCCUCCCGUUGGCAUUCCUGUUCGUAACAGCAACUUCCCAGGGACAGAAAAACAUCAGCCUCACCGACACUCUCACGCCCACCUCCAAAUCCUCAUGGCUCUCACCUUCCGGUGUCUUUGCGUUCGGAUUCUACCAGAGAGGCAACGGUUUUUACGUGGGAGUCUUCCUUCCGGGGACUUCGAAUAAAAUCGCGGUCUGGACUUAUGGCCGAGAUAACCCUCCGCUUCCAAGCAAUUCCACUCUGCGUUUUGACAGCAGUGGCAAACUCGUUCUGCAGUCAGCACAAGCACAAGAUGCAUAUGUCGCCACUCCCAUCGGUACAACUGCUUCGGCUUCAAUGCUCGAUUCGGGGAACUUCGUUCUUUACAACUCUAGCCAGGGCGUCAUAUGGCAGAGCUUCGACUGGCCGACGGAUACCAUUUUAGGCGGUCAAACUCUAUCGGCAGAACAAAAGUUGCAUUCGAGUGCUUCGGUCACAGAUCCGUCUACGGGUCUCUUUCUUGCAAUCAUGCAGUCAGAUGGAGUUCUUGCGUUAUAUCCUGUGGGUACUCCAUUCACUGGCGCGUACGGUUACUGGGAUUCAGGUAGACCUAAUAAUGGUACGAAUGUGACGCUACAUCUCGAGGAUGAUGGGUUUCUCUACCUAUUGAAACCCCCAAGCAUAUACCUUUCGAAUUUCACGAGCCCGGGAGGUCCUAAAGAAGAUAUGAUCUAUGUUGCGAGGAUUGACCCAGAUGGGCUUUUCCGGCUAUACUCAUAUAACACAACCAGGAAGGACGAUUGGCCCGUUAAAUAUAAUGUCUCAAUCGACAGAUGCAGCCCCAAGGGCAUAUGCGGGCUUAAUGCGUUUUGUACGAAUAUUGAUCAGGAUUAUGCGUGCCCGUGUCUUCCAGGAUUCGCAUCUGUGAAGGACAGCAACGGGAAUGCAGGGUGUGAGAGGAACUUCACCGCAGAAAGCUGCAAGAACCCCCCGGCCAGCUACGACAUGCAACCUGUUUCUAUCACCAUAUGGGAGGACGCCACGUAUUCCGCUCUUACAUCGCUGACCCAGGACGAAUGUGUAGAGGCGUGUCGGCAGGAUUGCAAUUGCGAGGCUGUUGCAUACAAUGCCACUCAGUUCUGCAGCAAGCAGAAGCUUCCUCUAAGAUUCGGGGGGAGACUCAUCGGCGGGAACAACUCACUACUUUACGUCAAGGUAGGUAAUGCUGGAUCUGGAGAAGACGGAAGAAAUGGCUGUGAGCAAAAGUAUACUCGGAGAGAAAUUCUGAUUGCAGUUGCAUCAUCUAUUGCUUUUGCAAUCCUAAUGCUGGCGGUGUCUGGACUCAUUCUUUACAAGAAUCGUGUCUGGGUUUACAAAAUGCUUCCAAAGGAGGGAUUUCAGAACAAUUAA